AUGAGCAAAGCCUCCUGCUUGCCCGUCCUGGCCGUGUUUCCUCCUACGUCAUUAACGAAAGCUGGAGGGACACAGGAGACCGGCGGAGCACCUGAGUGCCCCCUUAGCAAGGGGCGCACCCGUUUGCCCUUGGAAGCUAUCCCGCCUGGCAAUCCCGCUCGAACUGUGCCUGCGUUCACUGGAGACACGGCGAUGACUGAGUUUACUCCGAGAUGCGCUCAGUGCCCAUCCACACACCACUGCCCCAUCCACUACACCACUGCCCCAUCCACUACACCACUGCCCAUCCACCACACCACUGCCCCAUCCACACAGUGCCCCAUCCACUACACCACUGCCCCAUCCACUACACCACUGCCCAUCCACUAUACCAGUGCCCCAUCCACUACACCAGUGCCUCAUCCACUACACUACUGCCCAAUACACUACACCAGUGCCUCAUCCACUACACCACUGCACUGCCCCAUCCACUACACCACUGCCCCAUCCACUCUGCCCAUACACUACACCACUGCCCCAUCCACCUGCCCAUCCACUACACCACUGCCCUGCUACACCACUGCCCCAUCCACUACACCGCAGUGCCUCAUCCACUACACUACUGCCCAAUACACUAUACCACUGCCCCAUACACUACACCACUACCCAUCCACUACACUGCUAUACACUACACCACUGCCCAUACACUACACCACUGCACUGUCGUACCCAUACACCAUUGCACCACUUUCUCGCUACACAUCCCCCUUCCCACUGCAUCCCCGACACCACUUCCUAAGAUGUGAUAUCAUGGUUGUCUCAUCUUCUCGGACGACACUUUCCUUUGUGGCACAGACACUGGCUCUUCUGGACGAGACGAUCCCGAAGGUCAUCGGAAGAAAUGCCUUCCCCGCGUCGCUGUUCAACUCGCAGCCACCAGAGAGUGGUUACAGUCCUGAGCACGCUGCGCCAAGGGCUACUUACGAGGCGGUCGUUGCUGUAAAGGGAAGCCAUCGUAGCGGUCGGGGCGUCGGUUGCGGUGUUGCUGUUGGAGCGUUGGCGGUGUCCCUUCGGCAGUUGGCGCUGCGGGUUGCGAGGACACAGGAGACCGGCGGAGCACCUGAGUGCCCCCUUAGCAAGGGGCGCACCCGUUUGCCCUUGGAAGCUAUCCCGCCUGGCAAUCCCGCUCGAACUGUGCCUGCGUUCACUGGAGACACGGCGAUGACUGAGUUUACUCCGAGAUGCGCUCAGGACGUCAUUUUCCAGACCCCAACAUCUUCGGACGCGUCAGUCGGAACACUGUGGAGUUCAGAGAGGAAACAAUAUGCACAGAAUUAA